GUGCCCACCUGGCUGUGGUCAGUACAGGCGCACGUGUGGCGGGGAGUGAGCGUCGACCGGGGCACUGGGCGGCGGACCAUGAGCGUCGUGGCCAGCGACAUCAUCUACGUGCCGCGAGAGGGCUUCCGCGGGGCGGGCCUGGGGUCGCCGGUGGCCUCACCGGACCUGGUGAAGCAGACCGGCGACACGCCCGGCCGCGCCAUAUUCCGCGAGUUCGACCACAGCGCCCGCUGGCAGGCCAAGAACAACGAGAAGAACGCCAAACACAAACAGCUGUUCGGCGUGUUCCGCCACGACGCCUUAAGUUCGACGCAGCUCCGCCAGUGCAGCCAGCUGACCUCCGUGACCACGGGGCCGGCCCCGGGUCAGGUCAGGUCAGGGGAGCACCAGGCGCGACCCUCGCACCACACCGCCAGCAGACGGUCUGUGCCGUCCAUCACAUCUCUAGUGAUGUGAUUCCGCACGCGAGGAGCUCGCGGCUGGACGGGCCCAGGGAAUCGGAUUGGUGAGCGAACUGCCUGCGAUCCACAUGAGCAAAUAUGG